AUGACUUUUAGGACACGUUUUGGGCACUUUGAGUUCACCGUGAUGCCUUCUGGGUUAACAAAUGCCCCAGCCGCGUUUAUGUGUUUGAUGAACCAGGUAUUUAGUGCUUAUUUGGAUAAGCAAAGCUGUCAAAGUGCGAGUUUUGGUGGAGAAAGUGUCUUUUUUGGUCAUUUUGUCUCUAAAGAGGGUGUUUUAGUGGAUCCGACAAAGAUAGAGGCAGUACAGAGCUGGUUGUCGCCAAAGAACGUCACAAAAGUACGAAGUUUCUUAGGCUUAGCUGGGUAUUACCGUUGUUUUGUCAAAGAUUUCUCACGCAUUGCUCGGCCUAUGACUUCACAGAUGAAGAAAGAGAAGAAGUUUGAAUGGUCUGAUCAGUGUGAACAUGCCUUUAUGACUAUGAAGGAAAUGUUAACUACAGCCCUUAUUCUUACUCUACCCAACCCUAAGUUGGAUUAUAUAGUUUAUAGUGACGCGUUGAAGAAGGGCUUAGGUUGUGUGCUUAUGCAAGAUCGUAAGGUGAUAGCUUACGCUUCACAACAGUUGAAGACACAUGAGGUUAACUAUCCUACUCACGACUUAGAGUUAGUUGCUAUAGUUUUUGUUCUUAAGAUAUGGCGGCAUUAUCUAUAUUGUAACACCUCGUCCCAUAAUUAUCUGUAA